AUGUCCAUUGCGACACCUAUGACAUGGGUCUGGGAGCGGUUCAGGAACACCUUCAGGAGUGGGGCGGUGGACAGCCUGUCGGACCAUGACGAUCAGAGCGAGGAUGAGGGAGGCCCGGGAUGCAGGUGGUGCAAGGGUGAGGGGGGCUGCCCCCAGUGCAGGUACUACGGGGCACUGGUUUGCCCCGCGGUCGGGGCCGGCAGGGUGAGGAGCCAGAGGUCGGGCAGCGAGCCAAUAGUCGCAGCGUACCGUCUGCCUCCAAUAGUGGAGGAUGGACGAGGAGAUCGCCUGGGUGGAAUCAUGCUCGGUCGGCUGACGGGGACAGACAUCGCCGAUCUGUUCUUCAGGCCAGCCACAGAGGCCGCUCUCCUACCUCCCAUCAGGCCGGUAAGGGGCUUUCUCACCCAGGAAUGGGAUUACAGAGGAAGAAGCCCCAGCCCUCAAGAGAGCAGGACCAAGUCUUCUCUCAGCAUCGAGACCUUGGUCGCCGAAGAAGAACAGAGACCACUGCCGAGGUAUCCUGUUCGCCAUAAGACCAGGGAGGACUUCAUGCAAGACGUGAGAAGGGCCGAACAGACUGAAAACUACAUCGCGGUCCAACGAUUCUACAUGAGGUCCUUCGAUUCGUUCGCUCAAAUCAACGCUUUAUUUAAGGUGGAUCGGGAAGAGAUCGGAGGAAGGCCAGAUGAUCCUGGGCUUAAAAUGGAGUUCGUCUACGCCGUCAACGAUGCAAUCAAGAAUAUGCCUUCCAUUGUUCACAAAACGAUCCUUAAAUCGAUUAUAAAUGCAUUACUGGAAGAAGAAAGGCUAUUGUUCCCGAAGGACGAAGUGCGAGCUCUGUACAUCCUGAUACAGAACCCCGUGUUCUCAGCCCAGUCUUCGUACACCAUCUUGGCCCACCUACUGAAGCAGAUAGUGGCUCUAUCUGGCCCGGACCAUCAGCUGUUAGUGCAAUGGUUCCAAUUAUUGGAAGUUGAGAGGAUAAGAUCCAUCGUGAGGAACAUCAUCCAGUUCAUCACGAUGAGGCAGUUUCCUCCGGGUGACAAAUCUUUGCCUCCGCUGAACAAGACCAGGUGGUGGAUACCGACAGCCACCAAGACCUUAGCGCUGAUCAACGCUGCAAACAACGCCUCAAGUCCUCCUCUCUUAGACUACACCGAAUUCUACAACUCCGCCUUGGAUCACAUGGACCUGAUGCAGGACUAUCUCAGCUGGCAGUCAUCUCAGAGGCCUGGUCAGUUCUCCUAUUGUCAGUAUCCUUUCAUUCUCAGCAUCGUCGCGAAGAGAAUGAUACUUACCAAGGAUUCAGAACAGCAGAUGAUAUUGACAGCACGUAGAUCGCUAGUGGCGAAAGUGGCGAGACACCAGGCCCCACAGAUUGACAUAUUCUUUCUCAACGUAUGCGUAAGAAGAGCACAUCUCGUUUACGAUUCUUUAAAUGAGAUAGCCAGCAAGCAGAAGGACCUGAAGAAGAAGCUGAAGGUAUCCUUCAUCGGUGAGCCAGGGCUGGACAUGGGAGGCCUCACCAAAGAGUGGUUCCUCCUCCUCAUAAGACAGAUCUUCCACCCCGACUACGGCAUGUUCGUCUACCACCAGCACUCCAGGUGCUACUGGUUCUCCACCGAUCAAGAAGGCAACUUGAGAGAGUACAACCUGAUAGGAGUGCUGAUGGGACUGGCCGUGUACAAUUCCAUCAUCCUCGACUUGCACUUCCCUUCGAUAUGCUACAGAAAGCUCCUGUCGCCGCCAGUAGUUCCACCCGUCGACACGAGUGGCGUAGGCGUCGUCAGGAAUCCAACCAUUGAUGAUCUUGCGGAAAUAUUGCCGGACGUUGCAAAAGGAUUGAAAGAACUCCUUGCCUAUGAAGGCAACGUCGAAGAAGAUAUGUGCAUGGAUUUCCAGGUCUCGCUGGAAGAAUAUGGUGAGAUGAAGACAUUCAUGUUGAAGCCUUCUGGAGAACACGUUCCAGUGACGAACGAUAACAGGCACGAAUACGUCUCUCUCUACCUGGACUGGGUUCUCAAUACGGCGAUUUACGAACAGUUCCGGGCGUUCUAUCUUGGAUUUCAUAGCGUUUGCGCUUCCAACGCCUUAAUUAUGUUAAGGCCAGAAGAAGUGGAAAUGCUAGUCUGUGGAUCCCCAGCGUUAGACCUGAACGAACUCCGCAAAGUAACAGAAUAUGACGGCUAUAAGCCAGAACAAUCACUAAUAGUAGAUUUUUGGGAAGUGGUGAUAUCCUUAGACGAAGAGCUGAAGAAGAAAUUCCUCCUGUUCACAACCGGCUCAGACCGAGUCCCAGUCGGAGGAAUGAGCGAGAUGACGUUCAAAGUUACCAAAACUAAUCAAGAUCCGGCCAACUUACCCGAAGCUCAUACCUGCUUUAACCAACUUGUUCUUCCUCAAUACGAGACCAAAGAGAAACUCAAAGAAAAACUGAUCAUAGCAAUAUCCAAUGCUGAAGGUUUUGGAUUAGAAUAAUGGGAUUUGUUCUUAUGUAGUGUUUAAUAUUUUAUUUAUUUCGAUAAUUAAUGGUUGUUAUUGUAAAGGCUGUUUUGCAAAGCUGUUUAGCUUUGUGUCGUUGUUAAGAUGGACAAGUAUCUAAACUCAGUGUUGGGCUCAUUGGUGGGAAUCUUUCAGACAGUUCAUAAUUCAUCGAUGGAUCCAUAAAUGGAAUACAAAGCGUUCCAUAAUUCAUCGAUUAAUCAGAUCAGGUUUUUAGAGUCGAUAGGUAACCUCGAUGUUGUUAUAUCUCAAUUUUCUUUAUAUAAAAGGUACAUGGGUUAAAUUAAAUAAAUGAAUUAUUAGUAGAUAUUAAAUAAGAAACAGUGUAGUUAAAAUAUCAAGUAUUACAUAUAUAGAAGAUACAAACAAAAAUAGAAAAUAAGGGUGAAUACAAAUAGGAAACAAAGGUGAAAAUAGUGUGUAAGUUAAAAGUAAACAGAGUGUGACAAAAGAUAAGAAAUGAGUGGAUAAAAAAUUGGUAAAGGUUACAUUUGAUAACUGUACCUUAUGUAUACUGUACGUUAUUAACAGAUAAAGAAAAUGAGGGUUAAGGAAUAAAGAAAUUUAAAAAUGAAUAAGUAAUAAUCUAGUAAAGGUAAAAUAAGAAUAAGAUAACGGUGGAUAACAGCUAGUGGAGGUUACACUUGAUAGGUAAACAGAUAACGAGACUAAAGGUUAACAAAUAAAGAAAUUAAAAAACCAAUAAGAUAACAAGAGUUGUAAUAACGUUAGGAUAGAUUUAUUAAAUAUAUAUAAUUCUAUAAGAAAAAAAUAGAAGAGAAAUUUAGAAUAUGAGUAGAAAUGUAAACAGGGUUGUUAUGAAGAAAGGAACAGUAUAUAUAAAUGACAGUUCACAUUCAGUUUUUUGAAAAUUGUAAUGUAAUAGUAGGCUAUAUGAAGAUUAUAAUAUGGUAUAUAGUUAAAGGAUGGGUGUGUUAAGAAAUAAUCAUAAUACAAGUCAAACAUACCCUGGUAGCACUACUGAAAGCAGUUGGUAGACUGACACAGACUCGAAACAGGUCUGGUACACAUAAGUACACACACCCUAUAAUUUACUUUAUAUAUUUCUAUUUCUAUUUUGAA